UCCGGCACCACCCCCGCCGCUACUGACGUUCCCUCCACCGCUGCUCACGGUGGUCGUGCUUCUUCCUCCGCCGCUGGUCCUGCUGCUGUCGCUAUCGCUCGACGCCGUGAACCCCUUCCUCCACCAAUCCACCUCGCAGCUACCACCCUUCACCACAUCAAAACUCGGAGAAACCCUACCGCCGCUAAAAUCGCCGCCACCGCCGUAAUUCUUCACCACCGCCACCGUCUUCUCCUUCUUCUUGUUACCCUCCACCGAAAACGGAAACGCCAUUUUCAAAUACAUCCCCCUGUUCUCAAAACCACCAACCCUCGAUUUCGCCGCCGCCGCCGCCCGCCGGUGCAGAUCCGCCCCUCGACUAUCCCCAAUCGAGCCGUUUCCGGACUCCGGCAUGUUCCUCACCAUCUCCAUGAGCUCCCACUGCCCCCGGGCGAUGGCCUCCGCGCGGGAGUCCGGCGAGGACGAGCGGCGAUGGCGGCCGAGGAGGGGGUGGGACGGGCUUUUAUGGGGGCUCGAGCCGCUGGGUUUCCACGACGGCGGCGAAUUAUCGCCGGAAUUGUGGGUUCCCAUGGCCGGAAAAAUUGGGUCGUUUUGCCGAUUGGGAUGUUGAGGAGUGUUUUGGAAGGUUUUGAAGGGGAAUUUGGUGCCCAUGUUGAC